GGCCUGCGCGAGGCGGCAGCCGCGGCGGGAGGGCAGGGGGGCGGCGGGGCGGACGGGGUCCUUCCCCGCCAGAGCGAGGGCAGCCGCGGCUCGCAGCAGCAGCAGCAGCAGGGGAAGGGGCAAGAUUGGAGAAAUGCUAAAAUGGAGAAGAAAAUAGAAGCACUUCAGGAACAAAUGAUGACUAGAUCCGUCCCUUGCAAUGUUGAGCUUCAAGAAUUAAUGCAUCAGAUUGAUAUCAUGGUAAACAACAAGAAACGAGAAUGGGAAAAGAAAUUGCAGGCUUUAGAAGCACGAAUGACUGUCCGGGAUCAAGAAUUGGCAAGUGCCCAAAGCAGGUUGGAUCAGAAAGGUCUAGAGGUUGGGCUACUGAGGCAGAAACUGGACAGUUUGCAAAAGACAAAAUAUGAGAUGGCUCAGAACUAUGACACGCAGCUUCAAGCCCUGAAGAAUCAAUUUGCCAAGCUGACACAAAGCUACGAAAAGCUACAGCUGCACCAAUUAAAACAAAAAAAAGCUCACAGCUUGGAGAAAUGUACAGAAAAUCAGGAAGCCCCAUUUCAGCUGAGCAGUUUGAACCAGAAAUUGGAGGAAUUUAGAGCAAAAUCAAGAGAGUGGGAUAAACAAGAAACGCUGUAUCAGAACCACCUCGUUUCAUUAGAUGCUCAGCGAAAACUGCUGUCUGAGAAAUGCAAUCUGUUUCAGAAUGGGAGAGGCACCUCUGUGCAAAAGAGAUGGAUUUCAUGCGGGCCGUUUUCCUUGUCUCGCCAGAAGCAAGCGCAGCACUGUCAAAUCCAGACGCGGUGCCAGAAGCUAAGCCAAGACGACGCGGGCACCUGCAGCCAGUGCCAAACCGAGCACCCUGGCGUUCAGCGUGACGUCCUGGUGGAACCCGCCGAAAGGAACGAGCUCUUUAUGGAAAAACUGAAGUCGACCGUGAGCGAAAUAGCUGUGAGCAGGAACAGGCUGCAGGAGGAAAACCGAAAGCUCCAGCAGGAAGUGAAAAUGUACCAAAGGAAGUGCCAGAAUAUUGAAGCAAGGCUCGCCCAAGUGACGAACGAACUGAAGUCACGCGAGGAUCUCUUGAAUAUGGUCGAGCUGGAGUGCCAGCAGCUGCGCAACGAAGUCGCCAAAAUGGAAGAGUAUAAAAAUAAUGAAGAAAGCCGCAUGAAACUUCAGUCAGCUUAUGCACAAUGCAUCAAGGACCUGGAAAUAAAAAAAGCUCAGAUACUUGCCUUGGAACAACAGCAGGAAAAUCAGCAGAAAGAGCUGAACCAGAUAAGGGACCGCCUUUAUCAGGAAGAACAGUCCCAUCGCUCUGAGGUGGAAAGAAUGAGGACGGAAAUCUCUGACCUGACAGAAGAGCUUCAUCAGAAGGAGAUUACUAUAGCAACUAUCAUGGAGAAAGCUGCUCUACUGGAAAGGCAGUUACAAACGGAGUUAGAGAUAAAAGAGAAAAUGUUAGGGAAACAACAGAUGAUAGAUUUGUCCAAGAAAGAACACGCGGCCUAUUCCGAUUCCAUCGAUAAGCUGGAGCGCGAGAGUAGAAUGUUACGCAAUGACCUUGCGAAAUUGCCAAAGGACAAAGAAAUGCCUUUGCGAGUGAACCCCAUUAUGUACUUUGGAAGAAAUUGUGCCAAGCAGACGGCAGUAAAAGUGGAAGAGACAGAAGAGAGAUCUGCGCAGAACGAAAGUGAAUGGGCACCACAACCUGCAGCUUACGAAAACUUCGGGCACUACAGAACACAGAUUCCUUCCUGGCAGGGCCAAGGCGACAUUGUCAGCGUCGAGAGCAGCUGCACGUUGCCUCUUCAAAGACAAAGCAGAACCCGAGAACCCACAGCAGAUGGCAGGUCUCCAUCACCCCAAGAGGCGUAUCCAGCACAUUACAGCAGCUGCCUCCCUGAAAAGAACAAGUCUGAGACAUUACUGAGCCAAAUCUAUGUUGCAGAUGAAAUCCGGAUGGCUUCCCCAGAGACUCCAUUUGCUGCAACGGUGACAGAGAAGUUCCUACAGGAGGAGGAGAAGCGAGCGAGAGAUUUUGAGCAGGUUUUAAACUCUCACAUUGAAGAGCUGCAAAGGCAGUCGGAGAACACCAUAAAGAAGUACACCGCUUUCAAGCAAAGCAGGCACAGAUGAGCCUGGAAAAAAAGAAAGUCUAAAAUGUAGUGACAGUCCCAGAAUAAAUAAUCAGCUGCUGCUUUAUAAAAGGGGGAAAGGGGGAAAAGAAUUGCCUUUAUGCAAAGAAGUGUUUGUAAUGUGAGAUUUUGUAUAUACUUCGACUGUGGAUUUCAUUUCAACAUGAAUUUGGAAUAUUGUGUAUUGCAGAGUGUAUGAGAUCUAAAAAAAAGAAACCUGGAAAUUAAAUAUGAAAACUUUUUAACCUUUAAA